CCGUCCCUUCCUGUUUUGAAUUCCCGUCAAGCUUUAAGGAGGUGCAUAUAAUACACAGAGCAAAGGGAGAAAAGCAUUUAUUAACACCCAGAAAGAAAAAGAGAGACUGCACUGGUAAAAAGACAGGAGACUAAAAAUCCAGAAGUUUUUUAAAAAUGGCCAGUGCUCCUAUACCAUUCACUAAUGUGGGAAGUGGCUACACAAUCAUCACUCAAGUUGUUCCCUCAUCAACAGUUCCAGCUGCAGCUGAACAAAAUUCAUCUCAGACUCAAAGCCCACUGCAGAAAUUCCUGAAAGGAGAACCUAAAGUGCUGGGUGCUGUCCAAAUAAUGAUUGGUUCGUUGACCAUAUUGUUUGGUAUCGUGAUGGCGAUCCCUGGUUGGUCCAUCAGUGUGAUCUCUGGAGUUGUGUUCUGGGGAUCACUGAUUCACAUCAGCGCUGGUUCUCUGGCUGUUUCAGCAAGCAACAAGCUUAAUGCCUGUGUGGUCAAGGCCACUAUGGGGCUGAAUAUCUUUAGCACGAUAGCUGCAGGAAUCGCCAUUAUUAUGCUUUCUAUAGAUUUGGUGACACCUCAUGGCUGCUACUCCUAUGAUGACAAUUAUAACUGCAGAGAUGGCUACGUUGCAGAGAGCCGUACCAAUGGAAUCACUGGAGUUCUGCUGGUUUUCUCUCUGCUCCAGUUUGCCGUCUCUAUUGCAGUUUCCACCUCCACUUGCAAAGCCACCUGCAUUGAUCAACCUACUCUGAACAUUAUCAAUGUGGUUCAAAACCCAGAGAGUGGUGUUUCUGCGAUCAGUUCCAUCCCAGCUUAUCAGGCACAACCGGGAGUCAGUACAGUGUUUGCUGGUGCCAUGAACACUCCACCAAUGGAAAAUCCUCCAGCAUACUGUGAGAAAGGUGUAGCAGUCAACUGAGGAUGAUUUUAGAAAUUAUUAAAAGUGAACGUUAAAUACCUAUUUACAAAUCAGUAUAUAAUAUGUAACAAAGAUUUUAAAAUGCUUAAAAAGACAUUCUUAAAAAGUACAGCAAUAUUAAUCAGCUUUCACUAGUAUUCCCAGCUGUGCAAAUUCGUUUUAAAAAUAUAAAUUACUUUUUUUUCAUUAUUUCUUUUGUUUUGCUGAACACGUAUUUAGUCUUUUUAAUCAGAUUUUUGCUAAAACCAAAGAAGGAAUAAAUAAUUAAAUAAAUAUACACCACAGUUCUGUGAAAUUCUGGAUUCUAAUUGGUUAGAAGGUGUUAAUUACUCUUUUAGGUUAGCAGUUUUUAAACAAGUGUUGGUUUAAUAUGAACAGAUUUGUACUGAUAUAAAAUCUGUAAUAAAGUCUGAUGACAUCUACAGAAAAUAAUUUACACUUUAUGAUGAUUAUUUCUCUCCAUCAUAUUCCUAUUGUUAUUAAAAUGCUAAAAACUUAGGAGGAAAAUCAUGUAGACUCUUUCUGGGUAACAUUUAACACUUCUCAGUUCUUUCAAGACAGCAGUGAAAACACACAGAUCAGUACAACUAAUGCCAUGUAUCUCACAUUGACAUCACUACAGCGGAAGCUUGGAUUGUUAGUAUUGUUCAUGCACAAAACAGUUUGUAAAUAUCUCAUAUCUCUCAAAAAAAUCUCAUGUGUUGCAAUGCUGUAUACUGUACCUACUCGUAUAAAAUAAUAAAAUAAUAAUAUUAACAAUAAAUAAAAAUCAUUUGAAAUUAAAAA